AUGGCGAGAACUUUACUACUACUCGCCGCGUGUUUAGCCGCGGCUCAGUGCAUAAAGAACAUCGACCUGCAACAGCCGAUAGUGCGGCUGGCUCCGGACGAGCUAAACGACGAGGGGUACUUCGGUUAUAGUUUGGUUCUGCAUCAGAAGGUCGACUCAACGGGAUUCUCUGCUAGUCUAGAUAACACAUAUCUGAUUGUAGGGGCACCUAAUGGUACACAUAGCAAUUCCGAGGUGAGGAACACUGGAUUUGUAUACGAGUGCAGAAUCACAGGAAAUGGAAAGUGCACAAGAAUAACACAUCUCUCGGACGAUUCCGCUAAUACUCAGUUGGAGAACAAGGAAGGACAGUUUAUGGGCGGAGCUUUGGCCAGCAAUGGAGACAGAUUCAUGGCGUGUGCCCAUCGCUACGUCAACUACAACCCUUCCAACCGUAACACGAGGAGUGUGUAUGGUCGCUGUUACUAUGCCGACCGAAGCCUCGACGACUUUACCGAAUUCCAACCUUGUAGUGGAGUGGGGCGAAGAACUACCCAGAGUCUUGGAGUGUGCCAAGCCGGGAUGUCUGCUGUCGUGGCCGAGACUAGUGAUGGAAUUGAUCAUCUCGUGGUAGGAGCACCAGGUUCAUACCUGUGGAGAGGGAUCGUGAUCCGUUCCACACCGGGACAGUUUGGCUCCACCCGCCUCCAGCCGUACGACCCACCGGUGACAACACCUUUGGUUGGCAGGGAUACAGCCUCACCAAGGGCUACUUCCGUUCCACUACUGUUGAAGGUUAUUAUGCAUGAUCUUGCCACAUCAGUUCCCAGACUCAACAGCUAUUUUGGAGCAGUACAUAUAAUCAGGAACGACAACACUCUCCAGAUGAUCUCGCAAAACCUGGGCGGAGAUCAGAUGGGAGAGUACUAUGGAUUUUCACUUGCAGCCCUGAACCUGGCCGGAACAGAUCUGGACGAGCUGAUAGUCAGUGCUCCAAUGUACCGAGAUCGGAAUAUUGGUCCCGAGACUGGUCGCGUGUACGUCUACAGAAAUAUCGGGGGGACUCUGAGUCUUGUGACGAGAAUCGUUGGAGUGACAGCCUACUCCAGGUUUGGUCAUGCAAUGGUCGCACUCGGAGACAUUUCUGGAGACGGAUUUGACGAUGUAGCAAUAAGUGCUCCGUUCGGGGAGGGGAGAGGAACAGUCUACAUAUAUCACAGUUCAGCCUCUCAACUUCUCACUCCUACACCUCAGCAGGUUAUCACUCCCAGCACCCUCAACCUCUUUUCAAAUGUAAUGUCUCGAUUCCUGAGCUUCGGAACGUCUCUUGCAAGUUUCGAUGUCGACGGCAACGGGUUCAAUGAUCUUGCAAUUGGGUCUUACAAAGAUCAGACAGCAGUCGUACUCAGGACUCGUCCUCUGGCAAGAAUUACCACCACUCUCGUGGCAACCCCUGGAAUUGUUGACAUCAUGUCAGGCCAGACGGCAAGCUAUGACGGCGCAGAAUUUCCCUAUUUUGAAGUCAGGUACACUGUGUUCAACGGUCAAGGAGCUAUCACAUUGGACAUUGCGCUGGUAUCCGAGCGUGCCCGCCGUGAACAGGGCCUGCAGCAGCGUCUCUUCUUCGAAGAUACGUCCGACAACUCAAGAAGAGACCCAGUGAUAACCCGACAGGGCGUGAUGCUCGAAAGUGGCGAGAGUGACGAAUUAACCAUCAGAGUUUUUGUCAUGAACGAUACUUUGGACUUCUUCACUGGGUUUACUCUCGAUCUUGAGAUCACUACGAGAGACUUUGUCAGACCUGAGAAUGACGGGGACGAGAACCCAACUAACCUUGAUGCCUUCCCUGUUGUCAGUAUCUCCGGACCCAGCAGUUUACAGAACAAUGGAAACAACGCAUUUCUCGCUCAACUGGUUUUCAACGUGCCAAUCCAGUUACUCCAGUUCUCCGGAGUCUCUGAGGAUUUCAUCACUUGUAAUCAAGGCGAUGGAAACGGACAGUUCACGCCAUACAUUUGUGACAUUGGCAACCCUUUUGGAAUGGACGUAACCAGGGGUACAGAGUUCAGAUUCAUACCUGCCGACUCAUUGACUGGGGAAGAAGGGAACAUUGGCAUCAGUUUCAAUGCUACAAGUUUGAAUGAAGCCGGUGAAUUGGCUGACAAUACAGUUGUCAUCACGCUGCAAGUCAACACUGUCGCAGAUAUCUUUGUGGACGAGGGUAUUGCGUUCCCUGACCAAGUCAACCAUGCCUCUGAGCGACCGAGCGGAGUGAUUGACAACGUGACAGCUCUAGGACCGGAGUUCACCACGACGUUCACCAUUGGCAACAACGGGCCCUCCAUCAUUCCCGAUGCCCGUCUCAUCAUCUACUGGCCGCUGAACGUGAAGGAUAGCCAGAACUAUUUCCUGUACCCGACUGGGUGGAGGACCAUUCAGUCCACUUCAGUGAGCGUGUCAUGUGAGAACACUCAUUUCAACCCAGCUGGCUUUGAAAUCGCUACCUCUGAAGACAACGAAGGAACUCCGGGUGGGAUACCCGGAUCGAGUGAUGGGCGGAGAAGGAGGCGGAGCGUCGGUGGGAUGAAACCACGGCGACGCAGGGGAAGAAACACUCGGAUGCCGCGACAGGACAUGGAGAUCGUACCCAUCUCUGCUGAGAGGACAGUGCUGAGGUCUGGAAACAGAGUCCAGGUAGAGAUAUCCGCCGUCAUUGAUGAGAGACAUCUCGGGGCCGAGUUCCGUUCCAUCCCCGGAAUGGUUGUGAUCAGAACCGAGAGUCCUCGCCAAGGAGACGAGAGUGUUCCGUGGUACGCCAUCGCCGUGCCGAUCGCCGUGGGCGUCAUUUUGCUCAUCGUUGCCGUUGUGGUCCUCUACUUUUGUGGAUUUUUCCGUCGUAAGAACAAGCAAGAGAUUGAAGACCAGGCGAGAGAGAAUUUAGCCGAAGAGAACACUGCCAUGUAACCGUGACAACUGGACAACAUACAGCCAGAAGUCUCUUUUUUUACUCUCAUUUUUUUCCAAACUCUUUCUUGCAAAAAUUAUGAUCAGUGGUUUUUUUCUAAUCUGUAUUAUAGUUUCCAGUAGUGUAUGAUUUUUUGUGCAUAAUUCUCCUGAAGUGUGUAUAUUAUUCAUUAAUUUAUAGUCAGUAUAAUAGGUGUGUGCUUAAUUCAUUCAUCUACAAAUUUACUCGAGCGUA